AUGGGCGACUUCGGCUCCCCUAAGAAGCAACACCCCUGGAAAAAUGGCGGAAAAUUUUAUACUUUCGAAUUCAACGGUUCAUUUCCAACGGACACAACAAUAACUUUACAAGUUUGGGACUAUGAUCGCCAGUCAUCUCACGAUUUAAUAGGCGAAACUCAAAUUGAUUUGGAAAACCGAUUUUACACAAAACAUAGGGCAAAAUGCGGAUUAGCAUAUGAAUUCUGCGAAAAAGGAGCAACCGUUUGGAGAGAUAACGAAUCUCCAAGUGAUAUUUUAAACGGUUUAUGCAAUCUUUACCAACUUGAAUCGCCGAAAUUUUAUGAUACUUAUGUCAGAAUUGGGGAGCUAAUUUUUCCAAUAACCACAACGGACGAUGUUCCAGUUAAAAGUGUUUAUAGUAAAGAAGAAUUAGCUUUGGAUUUGCUUCAUAAGUGGCAUCAAGUUCCGGUUGUUGGAUGUCAUUUAGUUCCUGAACACGUUGAAACUCGAUCGUUGUAUAAUCCAGAACAACCAGGUUUAGAGCAAGGAAAGCUUCAAGUUUGGGUGGAUAUUUUCCCAACUAGCGAUCUCCCUCCACCACCUCCAGUAAAAAUAACACCAAGAAAACCUGAAAAUUACGAGUUAAGAGUUAUUAUUUUGAACACUGAAGAUGUUAUUUUACAAGAGGACGAUUUUUUUAUUGGUGAAAAAAAAUCUGAUAUUUUUAUUAAAGGUUGGUUGGCAGGUAUCGAUGAGUGUCAAAGUACCGAUGUUCAUUAUCGAUCUUUAAACGGCGAAGGAAACUUCAACUGGAGAUUUGUUUUUCCCUUUAAUUAUUUAAAAACUGAAAAUAAAAUCGUGGUUCAAAGAAAAGAAAUUUUUCACAUGGUUCAAAGCGAACGUAAAAUUCCUUGCCGAUUAAAACUACAAGUUUGGGACAACGAUACGUUUUCGUCUGAUGAAUUUUUGGGGUCGUUAACGUUGGAUUUAUCUUCGAUGCCGCGAGGUGCUAAAAGUUCACAUUUGUGUAGUUUAAAACUUUUAGAUGAUAAUUCACCUCAAAUAAAUCUGUUUAAAAUGAAACGCACGAAAGGAUGGUGGCCUUUUCAGGGAAUCGAUGAAAAAACUAAGCAGUACAUUUUAGCUGGAAAAUUAGAAGCUGAAUUUGAGAUAGUUCAUGGGGAACAAGCUACUUCGAAUCCAGCUGGAAAAGGACGAAGCGAACCUCAACCUCUUCCCAAGCCAAAAAAAUCACGUUUUACAACUUUAAAAGAAGUUUAUUCGUCAACUUUAAGUUAUAUUUCGAGUAUAAAAAGUCAAGUGGCUAGUGGAUUUUAAAAGUUAUUAUUUUUUUUUUAAUUACUAUAUUUUCUUAAUCCAAUUUUUUUUUAAACAUAAUUUUUUCUUGGCUCCUUAAGACGCAUGUGUUUAUUUUCCUUCCAAACACACACAAAUUAAGCUUUAAUUUGAGAUAUAACCUGUUUCUUUACUCCCAAAAAUAAAAUCACAGCGAUUUUUUCUAAAUGUUCAUAAUUCUUGACAUAAUCGAACACCACAAUUUUACAAGUUUAGAUUAUAAAGCUUUUUUCUAGAAAUUUUCAUUAUCAAACCUAUAUAUUUUAUAUAAAAUUCAUGAAAUAAAAUGUUUUAGCUUUA